AUGGGAUGGUGGGAUUUAGAAUGUAAGAAGUUCAAAAGAAGAGUGAAAAGAGAAUUAAGGAAGUGGAAAAGGGAGGGAGGAGAUAGAACAAGAUAUAAAGAAUUAAAGAGAGAAUAUGGUAAGUUAUGUGAAGGAAAGGAGAAAGAAGAAAAUGACAGAUGGAUAGAGAUAGCAAAAGGAGCGAGGACGGAAGUGAAGGUAUGGGAGGUGGUCAACAGGGAGAGAAAAAAGAAAAAAGGGAUAGAAGAAGGGAUACAAACGGAAGAGUGGGUAGAGUAUUUCAAGAAUAUGUUAGGAGUGGAGGGAAGAGUAAGAAGAGGGAUAAGGAGAGGGGGAAAGGAUGAUGGGGAGCUGGAUAUAACGAGGGAAGAAAUAAAGAGAGCAAUAGGGAAAUUGAAGAACGGAAAGGCGGUAGGAACAGACGAAGUGCCAGGGGAGGUAUGGAAGUAUGGAGGGGAGAAGGUAGAGGACUGGGCAUUGAAGAUGUGUAAUAAGGUAUGGAGAGGGGAGGAGUGGAUUGAGGAGUGGAAUGAGGGAAUAAUAGUCCCUAUAAAGAAGAAAGAAGAGGGAAAGAAGGAUUAUAGAGGGAUAACAUUGACAUCAACGUUAUAUAAGGUGUAUGCAAUGAUUAUAUGGGAAAGAUUAGAGAAAGAAAUAGAAGAAAGAAAGAUGGUGCCGCAGAAUCAGGCAGGGUUCAGAAGGGGUAUAGGGACAGUGGAUAAUAUCAUCAUAAUAAUAACAUUAUGA